AGAAUGGUCUGAAUUUGGGCGGCAGCUACUUUAUCAUAUAGUCAGCUCCACCCAGAACUCUCUCUAUCACACACACACACUUUCUGUCAUUCACUUGACUGUCAGUCACCUGAGCUGUCAAACAGCAUAAAUGAUGAACUGAGAACAAGAUGAGACAAGACAUCAUGCUCAGCAGACUGAUACUGCUGUCUGCCCUCUGUAUGGCAACAUCUGCAUCUCUGGGUAAUGCACAGUGCAAUGCAACACACUCAGAUGAAACAGGAUCAUGCAGUCUCACUACUGAUAGAACCAGCAAUCAAACUUUGAACAGCUGUGAUCUGAAUAAUCUGAAAAACUUCAGCUCUCUGAUUUUAAAUGCAGUGGAUGACACUGUACACCAUCUACAAUGUAUAUCAAACAGCCCAGCAAGUUUUCCUCAAGAAAAACUUCACAUGCUCCAAACUGAGCUUGGAAAGAUCAUUGCAUCAACACUAAAUGUUAUGGUUCACCUUGGAGUUUCUUCAAACGAGGACAUUGCUGACAGUUUUGGUGCUUUACACACACUGACUGCAGAAAAUGUGCAAAACAUGGAGUUUGUUCAGUCAUGGAUCUGUGUCAGGCUUAUUCCACUCCUCCCGUUUAUUACCACAGAGUUUAUAUCCAACAUGAGCAAGAUAAACUUUUCAUGUGUCAGCUACCAGACAAUAGUCAAAACACUCAGUCAGCAGGUGAAUCUGAUCAAUGGAACAUCUAAGACCUCCAUCUACACCCAAUUCAUUCAGCCAUUCUUGUCUAGACAACUUUCAGAUCCUGCAUGUCUUUCUAACAUUAUGAGCAGUGCUGAAUGGCUUGUGAAAAAUUUUGGUGAAUUUUCAUUCUACGCUAUUUUGCUGCUGUUGGAUCCAUCCACCGGUGCUCUUGAAAAUGUGACCGUGGUGAAGGAGGUGUUGAGCAGCAUCCUAAAAGCCCCAGAUGAGGAGCAGCUAGAGAAAUUCUUUGAAACGUUUGUGGAGGUCAGCAAGGAGGAAAACAUCACCUACAUCACAAACGCGGAAGUCCGGGACGCAAUACUGAACCUGACUUUGACGGCUCUGGCUCCCAAAUUCCCUCUCUUCCAAACCAGUGACUAUGAGCUGUGGUUCCAAAUUAAUCUCGUGGUCCUGCUGGCCAGCUUCAGUCCUUCAGUUUUGGUGGUGAUCCCCGCCAACCUCACCUGCGACUCUUACGGCGCAAUAUUGAAAGGCAUGGAGAGCGCUUUGGCGGUUCUCCCAACUGGAGUUGGAGUGGAGCUGAAGUCAAGCAUAGACAAACUUCGACAGUCACCACCAGAAGGCUGCACGCCCCCUCGCCCUGUGGGUUUCUGCAAAGAGACAAUAGUGGAUGAGGUGAGGCUGUGUGGAGGUGUCCACAGUGGUGGACCCGGGAGCCAGCCUCCUUCCUCGGCUCAGCUGUGCGACUUGGCCAUCUCUAAUUAUGCCUGCUCUCCGGUUGCAUCCUCCCUGUCCUCUGACGCCCUCGUCACACUGCUGACUUGCAAGGUGCCGAGCAGCGUGAACAGCAGCGCAGAGACGUGGAAGCUUUUCUUCCAGAAAGUCGCGGGAGUUCUGGAGGUUGCUCUGUCAGCGUACUCCAACAACACCCUCGGUGGCCAUCAGCCUGAGUCCCGUGUUCUCGAUGCCAUUGGAGAGGUGAAAGUCAACAACUUCAGCGCCGCACAACUGGCAGAUGUCAGCUUCAUUACCGACUGGUUCCAGGGAAGGCUGAGACCAUUCUUGCCUGCAGUCUCCAGGGACUUCCUGUCCUGCCUUAGCUCCAAGAACUUCAGUUGCGACACCUACCAAGUUGUGGUGCAGGCUCUAAGUCGUCAAGCGUCCCUCAUGGAGGUGGGGCAACAACGGGUCGUCUUCACUGAAUUUGUCAGUCCCUUCCUCUCGAGAGACGACCUACCAGAUCCUGCCUGUCUUGCCAAUACUAUGAGCAGCGCUGACUGGCUGGAGAAGAACUUUGGCAACUUCUCCGUCUACGCUACCUUGGAGGACUUGCAAAGGCUGAAUGAAAAUUUCUCCAGCUUUGCAUCCUUGGCGCUGCUGAGCCCUAGCCAAGUAGCUGAACUGACACUGAGCUCCGGAGCGCUGAACAACACCCAUCAGAUCGACGCUGUGUUCGACCGCCUGGAGAAUGGCAACGCUUUCAAGAACGUGGAGGAGUUUCUGACGGCUCUAACCGCAUCUCCUGAGAUUCCCGAUAUCACCCCCGCUGUGAGAGACGUGAUGAUGAACCGAACCUUCGGGAUCAUUGAACUGAAGCUCCCGGGAUUUGUGGCUCAUGACUGGGAAGUGUGGUUCACCGAGAAGCUCAUCCCUGUCCUCCCCAGUUUCACCGCAGGAAUGCUGCUUAAGGUCACAGCUGACAUCAACUGCACCAACUACCAUGUGAUCGUUGAGGGAAUGGGAGAUGUUUUCGACAAAAUGACAUUCACCAGGAGGCAGGAGAUGACCAGGGUUCUGGUGGAGCACCUGAAGCAAUUUGCCGUCCGAUACAACAGUCCAGAUUGCAGAAAGGACAUCGGAAACGAUGCUGAGUGGCUUGACAUCAACUUGGGUCUAUUCUCCACGGUGGCCAAUUACUCAGACCUCAAGGAGCUGAACAUCAGUGGGCUGGCAGCUUUGGAAUCCCUGUCACCUGACCAGAAAGCAGAGCUGCUGUUGGAUCCGUCCACCGGUGCUCUUGAAAAUGUGACCGUGGUGAAGGAGGUGUUGAGCAGCAUCCUAAAAGCCCCAGAUGAGGAGCAGCUAGAGAAAUUCUUUGAAACGUUUGUGGAGGUCAGCAAGGAGGAAAACAUCACCUACAUCACAAACGCGGAAGUCCGGGACGCAAUACUGAACCUGACUUUGACGGCUCUGGCUCCCAAAUUCCCUCUCUUCCAAACCAGUGACUAUGAGCUGUGGUUCCAAAUUAAUCUCGUGGUCCUGCUGGCCAGCUUCAGUCCUUCAGUUUUGGUGGUGAUCCCCGCCAACCUCACCUGCGACUCUUACGACGCAAUAUUGAAAGGCAUGGAGAGCGCUUUGGCGGUUCUCCCAACUGGAGUUGGAGUGGAGCUGAAGUCAAGCAUAGACAAACUUCGACAGUCACCACCAGAAGGCUGCACGCCCCCUCGCCCUGUGGGUUUCUGCAAAGAGACAAUAGUGGAUGAGGUGAGGCUGUGUGGAGGUGUCCACAGUGGUGGACCCGGGAGCCAGCCUCCUUCCUCGGCUCAGCUGUGCGACUUCGCCAUCUCUAAUUAUGCCUGCUCUCCGGUUGCAUCCUCCCUGUCCUCUGACGCCCUCGUCACACUGCUGACUUGCAAGGUGCCGAGCAGCGUGAACAGCAGCGCAGAGACGUGGAAGCUUUUCUUCCAGAAAGUCGCGGGAGUUCUGGAGGUUGCUCUGUCAGCGUACUCCAACAACACCCUCGGUGGCCAUCAGCCUGAGUCCCGUGUUCUCGAUGCCAUUGGAGAGGUGAAAGUCAACAACUUCAGCGCCGCACAACUGACAGAUGUCAGCUUCAUUACCGACUGGUUCCAGGGAAGGCUGAGACCAUUCUUGCCUGCAGUCUCCAGAGUCUCCGCUUCCUGUCCUGCCUUAGCUCCAAGAACUUCAGUUGCGACACCUACCAAGUUGUAUCCUGCCUGUCUUGCCAAUACUACGAGCAGCGCUGACUGGCUGGAGAAGAACUUUGGCAACUUCUCCGUCUACGCUACCUUGGAGGACUUGCAAAGGCUGAAUGAAAAUUUCUCCAGCUUUGCAUCCUUGGCGCUGCUGAGCCCUAGCCAAGUAGCUGAGCUGACACUGAGCUCCGGAGCGCUGAACAACACCCAUCAGAUCGACGCUGUGUUCGACCGCCUGGAGAAUGGCAACGCUUUCAAGAACGUGGAGGAGUUUCUGACGGCUCUAACCGCAUCUCCUGAGAUUCCCGAUAUCACCCCCGCUGUGAGAGACGUGAUGAUGAACCGAACCUUCGGGAUCAUUGAACUGAGCUCCGGGAUUUGUGGCUCAUGA